GACUAGAGCGCCAUCUUAAAUUGGUGCAGCGUCAAAACUGAACCAUUGUUUACCUUUCAAAUGGGUAUUAUAACAAAAAACAACCCAUAUAAAGUAAAUAUUUUAUGAUGAACUUUAAAGAUAUAAUAAAUAUUUAUCGAUCAGAAUAAUUCACAUAUUUGACAUAAAAAUUUAAUCAAGCAAUUAUUGGAUCCAUUAUUAAUUGAGGUGUGUUAAUUUGAGAGUUUUCAGCACUUCAACAUUUGACGCCAAUAUGAAAUUGCACUUUUAAAUAUAUACACGAAAAAAUGCCUACAGCUGAAUAAAGAAUGACAUUUGACUUUUCAUUUUCGACACAAUUUUUUUAUAAUCACAUGUAAAGUGAAAAAUGUUUCGUAAGUGGGAUUAUUUAUAAUCAACAAACUUAUAAUCACUUAAGAUAAAUCGUUUUAAUUGAAAAAAAACUCUAUUUUUCGCUAUACUGAAAAUAUGCCUGUACCGGGUGGCGUUUAUCAACAGCAAGGUCCCUCCUGUGUGGACAGGAUGAAAAUGGGAUUUUUUUUAGGAUUCUGCGUUGGAAUGGCCAGUGGUGCAUUGUUCGGAGGAUUUUCCGCUCUUAGAGGCGGCCUUAGAGGUAGAGAACUGGUAAAUACUGUAGGAAAAGUGAUGCUCCAAGGAGGCGGAUCGUUUGGGACAUUUUUGGCUAUAGGAUCUGGGUUAAGGUGUUAAGAUAUUUGGGAUACAUGUUGCACUGGCUUCACAUAAAAUGUCUCAUAUUCUUGAUUAGACUUGUAUGAAUUAAAUGUGAUUAUUUACUAUUUAUACAAUAAAUUUUUAGUACUGAUUUAAGAAGUGUUAAAAUUUCAGUUUUAAUAAAUCUGAAAA